UACUUUCUGCAGAUACAGGAAAUGAAGAAGAAGAGUCCGAAGCUGCACAUGGAGGCACGUAGAAUAUAAUAAUUACUGUAUUCCUGUGUGGCUGUCACUAUAAAACAAUAUAUAUCUUAAUAUCUCACAAACGAACUUGCAUUUGAAAGAAAUGGCGACAGAUGCAAAAAGGCCAAAGAUAGAUGAUGAGAAAUGUGUGCUGGAGCCCUUGAAAAACUUCCUGCAGUGGUGCGAUAGUGUAAAGCUGACUCUCAGCGAUAAGGUGUACUUAAGUAAAGAGCGUACCGCAGCAGAAUAUGGCAUGAUGGCCAGAGAGGACAUUGAAGAGGGCCACAUCUUGUUCUCUAUACCCAGAGAGCUUCUUCUGCAUCACGGCACCACUAAAGUAAAAAAGGUCCUUGAGGAAGGGAAAAAAUCUUUGGAGAGCGCAUCAGGCUGGGUUCCUCUUCUUCUGAGUCUCCUAUAUGAGUACACAUGUCCACAAUCCCACUGGAAACCGUAUUUGUCUCUCUGGCCUGAUUUUAGGACACUGGAUCAACCCAUGUUCUGGUCCGAGGAGGAGCGUGAUAAACUCCUGAAAGGCACAGGAAUUCCAGAGGCUGUCCAAACAGAUCUGAAAAAACUCCAGGAUGAGUACAAUAACAUAGCCCUUCCCUUCAUGAAGUCCCAUCCUGACCUGUGGGACCCUGAGAAGCACACGCUGGAGCUCUACAAGAGCCUGGUAGCAUUUGUAAUGGCCUAUAGUUUUCAAGAGCCUGUGGAGGAUGAGGAUGAAGAAGAAGAAAAAGAGCCUAACCCUCCAAUGAUGGUGCCCAUGGCUGACAUGCUGAAUCAUGUUUCCAAGCACAACGCCAAUCUGGAAUAUACACCCGAGUGUUUGAAGAUGGUGUCCGUACGGCACAUUGAGAAGGGCGAGGAGGUCUUUAACACCUAUGGACAGAUGGCAAACUGGCAGCUCCUCCACAUGUACGGCUUUGCAGAGCCGUUUCCUACAAACAGCAAUGACACUGCAGAUAUUCAGAUGUCCAGUGUGUACAAAGCAGCAGUGCAAGCAGCACAAAGUGAAGCAGAUCAAAGGCUCCUAGUGGACAAAUGGAACAUGUUGUGUGAAAUGGAGAUUGUUGGGGAGAAAGGGGUUUUCAUCUUCGGCCAAUCAGGCUCACUUAGUUACAGUGAGCUCUACACUACACUGAAGGUCCUGUGCAUGCCGCUGCAAGAUUUCGAGGAGUUCUGUGAAAACGAAGGCUGGGAGGAAGAUGAAGAGGGUGAGGAUGAUAAAAUGGAGCAGGCUCUGAGUUCCGCCGGACUGAAGGGGUUGCCAGCAGAGUGGAAAUGUCUCCUGCAUGCUGCAGCUGCUCUGACGCUGGACUCUUAUUCUGAGGAUGUAGAGGCGGACCGGAAGCGGCUGGAGGAUCAGGACGCUCUGGCUGAGCUCAGUAGCAGAGAGAGGAGAGCUCUGCAUGUGCGUUACGCUCAGAAGAGCAUCCUACAGCGCUUGCAACAGCUCACCAAACCUACCUCUUAAUGUAUGGGUUUUUAUAGUUUGUGAGUUUUCCAUUUUGUAUGCUGUACAUUUUCCUUUCAAAAAAAUAAUUUGGAAUAUGGUUCAGAUUG